UAACUGUUGUAUCAGAACGUCUGGUUCUGCAACUGCACCCCAACUCCUAUCUCUCUCUCUCUCUCUCUCUUCCUUUUUCCCAUUUUUCUUUUUUGCUUUGCUUAGUGGAUCACAGUCGCACCUAACCAAACCAAACUGAUAUGCAUCUAAAUGAUCGUGUUGAAUCCUUGCUGCUUCUAAUUGAGUUAAAUUCAAGUUCAACUCAAGGUGAUGGGGGUGACCUUGUUCUUUGUUCACACAUAAAGCCCUUGUGAUGCUCAUAGGCGGUGUCCAUGAGGAAUGUGCCCGAGAUUGAAACCAUUCAUAAACCUGUACAUAGCAACCUGAGCUUUUGGACCUUUUUGUGAAGAGUUUAUCCUUCUGAAGAUGAGUGCCGAAAACAAGAAAAUAAAACCAAAGACUGAUAUUGAACUCUUUCUCAAUAAUGCUAACCAGUGCGUUUGGAAAAAAAUAAAUAAUGACUCAGGUGCAGGUGCAAAUGCAGCCUCAAGGGUGGACAUGACACUUGCUGCCACUGACCCCCUAUCUGAAAUAGUUUGGUCUCCAGACAAAGGUUUGAGUCUUAAAUGUGCUGAUUCAAGCUUUGCUAAAAAAAAUACUUCUCUUUUAAGGGAUGUUGGAACAAGCUGUAUGGUUCUUGCUUCGCCACAAAAUUUUACUGGUGGUAAUUCUACCACUGAUAAACCUAUAGAUGAUGAUUUUGUGAAACCUAUAGCAGUUGUAUGUGCCAAGAGUGAUAUUGCUGAAGCAGAUGCUCAUACGAUGCAUCCAACAGGUGGUGAUUCAAGUGCCAAGGCAGAGUGUAAAGCCUAUGAAGAAGAUGACAUGGGAUCUGUUGGUCAUAAGGAGAAAGUGAACACUGCAGCGGUAGCACUUAAUUUGUCUAAUGAUCAAAAUGAGAAUCUAAUGAACAAUUUGGAAAAGGUUACUGGAGAUCGAGCCAACAUUGGAACUGAUAAGAUAUCUGGAAUAGAGGGAAACAAACUUUCUGCUACUUCAGGCCAGGCUGAUCAAAGGCCAUUUGAUAAUUUAUUACUUCAAUCAGAUGAAAAUAAACCUAGCAUGGACCAAAAUCCUUUUCUGGGGAGAGAUACUGGUGUAGAAAAAAAGGCUGUAGUAAAUGAGGAUAGUUUGCAUACUGUGUUUGAGCCUAUAAUUGAAUACAAAGGCUCUGGUGCUCCAGGGGAUAAUUUAGCAUCCUCCAGCAGGAAUCCUGUAGAAAAACUGGAAUGUAGUGCAGAGAAUAAUUUGCGAUUUUUCAACUGUGAAGCUGCUUGUGCUGGAACCAGCAGAGUUAAUGUUAAUGAGACUGAAAACAAAUUUCAAGACAAUGAAAUGUUGCAACCAUGUGAUAAGAUUCUUCCAGUUUUGCAUUCUCCAUGUCAUAGCAGAAUUCAUAUGGCAAUCAACAAAGGCAAGGAAAAAUCCUUAUCAGAUGUUGAUGCAAAUGUAAUGUUAUCAAGGGAGGAGAAUGACAGCCAUUCAAGUGUUGAAAGCUGUAACAGUGCUGGCUUUUUCCCAACUGGUAAGAAGAGACGUAACUUUCAACAACAGUUGAUAAUUGGGAGUAAAAGAGUCAAAAAGCAAAUUGAAGAAACUUCUGGUUCCAAAUCCUAUGCUAAACGGGACAGCUCAUUCAUGAACUGGAUUUCAAACAUGGUGAAAGGACUCUCACAAUCAAGUCAGAAUGAUUCAAACGCUUUGGCUCUUGCCCUUGGAAAUCCAGAUCAUCUUAAUCUGCGGCCCAAUGAGAAAAUUAUCACGUGCAAUAUGAAUCAAGAUCCUGAGCCACAAAAUACAGGAUUCAAAUCCAUUUUUCAGUCCAUAUAUUGUCCAAGCUUGAACAAUGUGGGAACAAAAAUGCCUCAUCAAGAAGGAGUGAGUAGUGAUGAUUUAGAGCCAGGUAACAUGGAAAAUGGAAUAGAUGCUACUCCAAUAACCUGUUGUGCGGAGAACAAUUUGCAAUCAAAUAAGUUUGAAACAUAUGAUGCCGGUCCAUCCUCACAGCCUACUAUUAAACCUCUAAACUUUUUUAACUAUCAGGAAAGCCCAGUGGAGAAUACAAAUUUUUCCAUCUUGGGUCAUAGUAAGGACAAGGAAGAAGUGGCAUCGCAUUCUUCUUCAACCAAACAAAAUACAGAUAAUAAUGAUAAUGUUGAUUCCAAUGUGCUUUCUGACAGAAAGGAAGAAGAGAAUAUCUAUCACAAAAGAGAUAAUCUGGGAAGUCUGUGGAUAACUCGUUUUUCUCCAAAAUUCACUCCUCCCUUGAGAGAACAACCUGCCAAUGACACAGAGGCCUCUACUGAUCUUAAGGAAGAUAAAGGAAAUAAUGAUAAUAAAUCAAUGUAUAAGUUCAAGCCUCCUUCAUCUUCCCCAGGAUUCAGAAAUUUUGAGCCAAUGGCUUCAAUGUUUGCAAGGAGAUUUGGUGCCAUCAAACACAUCAUACCAACAAACACAGCAAAUAAUGCCACACAGUUAAAUAUGUUGUGUUUGUUUUGUGGAACAAGAGGCCAUCAACUCUCUGAUUGCUCGGCUAUUGCAGAAAACAUGCUAGAAGAUCUCCAGAAGAAUAUAGAUUCAUAUGGGGGAUUGGAAGAACAUCCUUGUCUAUGCAUCAAAUGUUUUCAGCCCAACCACUGGGCAAUUUCAUGCCCCACUUCAAUCUCAACUAGGAAACAAGAACUGAAAGCUAAUGCCUUGGUGAAUGAUUGUGGAAAACAUUUCAUCCCAAUCAAUGAAGAGGGUGCCAGGCUGCUGAAUGAUGAGGAUGACCGAGUUUUAUCUAGCGGUUCGAUUAAUGAUGAAACUGAUAACCGAGCAGGGCAAAAUAUUAAUUUGAAGCGGAAAUCAAAUGAAAUUAUAACCUUCAAGGUAGGCAGCAAUGCAUCAUUGAAGAAAUACCGGGGUUCAAGUUCAGAGGAAAACAAAUUCAGAGAAAAUCCUACAACAUCUCCAUCCAAAUUGGCUGAAAGGAAGAUUUCACAUGUGCCAAAUGAAAUAUUUGAAGCAGUGAAAAAGCUUCGAUUGUCCCGCACUGACAUCCUGAAAUGGAUAAAUACUCAUGGCUCAAUCACACAACUUGAUGGUUUUUUCUUGCGCCUGCGGCUCGGGAAGUGGGAAGAAGGGCUAGGGGGAACUGGAUACCAUGUGGCAUGCAUAAAUGAGACCCAGAGACAGUGUUCAGAGCAGAAUACAAGAAAAUCUCUCUCAGUGAAAGUGGGGAGUAUCAAGUGCAUGGUCGAGAGUCAGUAUAUAUCCAAUCAUGAUUUUCUUGAGGAAGAAAUCAUGGAAUGGUGGUCCACCACCUCAGAAGCAGGUGCUGAGAUUCCAUCCGGAGAAGAUCUUACAGAAAAAUUUAAAAAGAAAAAACUGUUAGGUCUCUAGACAUUUAUUAAAUUAAAUGUUAAUAUAUUUAUUAACAUAUAAGCGAGUUCAUUCUCACACUCUUUUAGAUAAAAAUUCUGUUUCCUUUUUGUUAUCCAAUUAAUUGUAUAUCAAAGGAAGCUUAACAUUGAAGAUGGUGAUAACUCAUCAUCACGAGUCUGUGCAUGUCAUACAGACAUUCCUAUACAAAGCAUUGUUUCAUGUUAUGCAAUGAAAAUUAUACUAAUUCAUUACUCA